CGCCCUCCGCAGACCGCAGACCGCACCGCAGCCAGUGGGCAGACGAGGAGAAGCUUCGCGGACGCCAUGUCGUCGCCGUCGCCGCUGUGCGCCGCCUCCUGCUCCACCGCUCUCCGCGCGCCACCGCCCCUCCUGCGCUUCCGCCGCUCUGCCGCCCCGGUCUCCGCCUCGGUGGCCCGCGCGGCGCCUGCCGUCUCUGACGACCUCGUCCUCCGCAUCGCCGAGCAGCUCGAGGACUCCGUGACCUCCUCCUCCCCGCUCCUCGACCCCCUCCGCUCCGCAUCCGCGCUCUCUCUCCUCUCCACGCCCUGGCCCACCCGCCGCUCCAGCGAGGCCUUCCGCUUUACCGACAUCUCCUACCUCCGCUCCUUCCCCAUCUCCCUCCCCUCCCGGGCGCCCGACCUCGCGCCGCGCGCCUCCCCUUUCCCCUCCCACGUCCUCUUUUCGGACGGGCUCCUCGUAUCCGCCUCCGGCGUUCAUGUCAGCGCCCUCGCCGAUCUUCCCCCCGGCCGCGCGCGAGACCGCGCCGCCGCGGCGCUCGCCGCCUCCGCCGAAUUCGCCCACAAGGACCUCUUCUACGACUUCAACGCCGUUGGGGCGAGGGAUGUCGUGGUCGUGCACGUGCCCGAGGGGGUCAAGGCUGCUGAUGACCCUGUCCACAUCAUGUUCGCUUAUACCAAUCGCGGUGUGGAGAGCAUGCUGAUGUCCAAUCCGAGGAUUCUGGUCGUGGCCGAGAAGGAAGCAGAGGUGGCCAUAGUGGAGGAGCACUUUGGGGCUGGAGAAGAAGGUGGUUGCUAUUGGGCCAAUCCAGUAGCAGAGAUUAUCGUUGAUGCUGGCGCAAGGGUUGUUCAUUCAUACUUGCAGCGGCAAUCAUUUGAUGCAGCACAUACUAAAUGGACUGUCGUCCAGCAGGAUACAUCAAGUAAAUAUGAGUUUGUUGAGGUCAGUACUGGAGCAAAAUUGAACAGGCACAAUCUCCAUAUCCAGCAAUUAGGUCCUGAGACAGAGACAGAAUUGUCAACACUUCACUUAACAUCUCAGAAUAAGCAGAUUCAUGAUCUGCAUAGCAGACUGAUACUUGAUCACCCCAGAGCUUUUUCACGACAGCUCCACAAGUGCAUUGCUUGUUGCACAGGGAAUAGCAUUUUUGAUGGCAAUAUUAAGGUCAACAGGUAUGCACAACAAACUGACGCUGGGCAAGAAACCAAGUGUCUUAUCCUAUCACCAAAGGCGCUUGUUAAUGUCAAGCCAAACCUUCAGAUUAUAGCAGAUGACGUGAAGUGUACCCAUGGUGCUGCCAUUAGUGGUGAGCUUGAUCCAAAUGAGCUCUUCUACUUCCAAGCGAGAGGCAUCAAUGCGCAAACUGCAACGGAUGCCCUACUAUACUUUUUUGGAGCCCAUGUGAUAAAGCGCAUACCAUAUAAGCCUAUAAAUGAGAAGGCAUUAGCAGAGUUCAAAGAGUUGCUUGCUUCCUCCAGGCAAACAACAGAUGAGGCCCUUCUUUCAUGAUCUUGUUUGACAUAGUUCAACACAUUUUUGUGAGCUGAGAAGAGUAGGGGAGGUAGAAGUAUUUCAGAUAAACAAGUGAAGGCGGCACUAUAUUGUGGUUGAUAUGAUGUAAAAUGUACCACUCUAGCUUUCAAAUGCAGUUUAUUUGCAAAUGGCUUGUUCCUCUGAUCCUCUCUACUAAGAGGAAGAUGCCAUGAGCUUCAAAGUAGUCGUUUUUUCACAUGAUACAUUAAUAACUAGAGUCCAUUCUGUACUUGAAAAUAUUCUGUAAAGAAAUGCCACGGAGCAGCUCCCUGGAACAAAUAAAGCUCUUUUUCUCUA